AUGGUUCCAGCAUCUCUAGUACGAUGUGACAAAUGUCAAUGGGCGAGCCCUCACUUACCUGUCUAUGCUUUUCCUAGCUGUACCCAGAGCGAUGCCGCUGUUUAUCAAGUCUCAGCAAGAAGCUGCGUGGGCAUGAUCUGCUGUUCAGCAUCCCUUGAGGUCCAGUGUCUGCAGGACCCACAGGUCUCUCCUGAUCCAGGAGGUGGCAGGGACGCGGCUGGCAAACGUGAACCAGAGAUCCCUGAGGAAAACAGCACAAAUCACCCGGAGGAGAAAUGGAAGCCUUGUAAGGAAGAAAGAUGCAUGGCCCCAGGGGCUUGCAAGUCAGCUGAUCCCUCCCCUGACAAAUCCAGCCACUCAUGUUCUCGCCAGGUAUCAGCCAGUCAUGACCCUGGCGCCUCCAAUUCUGAGAAUCCUCUAGAUGUUAAAGAGACAAGACAAAUGAUGGAGCCUUACCAUUCAAACAGUGCACAGGAAAGUUCCUUUAAUUCAAAUAAUGCUGCCGUAAAGCAAGAUGUAUGUCAGCACAGGACAGUCCUAGGGUUAACUGGUGAUGGCCUAGGCAGUGAAGGGUCUGAUGAGGCGGGUGACACCUCUGGUCAUCAAAACCCCAAAGCACAGAAAUACAUCAGUUUCAGCCUUCCAUUGCCGGAGACAACCCUGUGCCCUUACCCAGGUGACAGCAACUCCGUCAACCUGCAGCCCGGCCCCCAGGCUUCCAGCGACGACUCUGACAGUGACUAUGAACUUUGCCCAGAGAUAACCCUAACCUGCACGGAGGAGUUUUCAGAUGAUGACCUGGAGUAUCUGGAAUGUUCCGAUGUUAUGACGGAUUACUCUAAUGCUGUUUGGCAAAGGAGCCUGCAGGGGACUGACCGAGUUUUUUUAUUAGAAAGCGAUGACGAAGAGAUGGAAUUCAAUGAGUGUGGUCUGGCUGGGUGUGAGCAUUUUCUCAGAGAAAUGAGUUGUGGGCCUCGGGUGUCAGGUGACAUGGGGCCUAUGAAUGCCACCGCUGGCUUCUGUAGUGAUCACUCACAACCCCAGGAAGUGGGGGUCAGCAGCAGCAGCACCUCCAGGCGUAGUCCCUUACCCUUGCGUUCAGGAAUGACUCUUACCCUGGGACCUCACCAGGAUGGAACAGCUAAAAUGACUGAACCCGGGAGGGCUCCACUCCCUCUUGAAAAUGAUUGUUCAGGAAUUCGGGGAGAAACCAGAGACAGCCCUGAAGCAGGAGAGGAAUUCUCCAGUGACAACCUGCAGGCCAUGGAUAAGGCAGAGACAGAGGCACCGAUGAAGCCCUUGUCUGGGGGCUCAGAUAAGCCAGAGGAGAAGCAGGGUUUGGAAAGCCUGACUGGGGACCCAUCAGCUGAAAAGUACCCCAGCAGCAGCAGGAAGGCCGCCCUGAGACCCACCAGGGCGAGGCGGCCCGGAAUGAAGGUGAAUGCCAAGAAGCAGCUGCUGAAAGACAGUGCCCCAAAAGGCACUCCUGGUCCCCUCCCCAGGGAACCGACUAGGCGCCCCUUGGCUGGGAGCUGUGGACAAGAGCCCACACACACUGAGGCAGGAGCUCCUGGCUGGAAUUCCCACUUCCAUGAAGAACUGUGUAUUCCACUUCCUACAGAGCAAGACUCCAAAAUCCCCCGGCCACCGGCAGACCCACUUUCAAAGGAAGGGGACACAAGCUUUGAGGGAGAAGGGGUACUGGUUAAUAAAUUAUUCGAAGCAAGCCAGAUCCCAGACCAGACUGACCAUCUUCAGAUGCAAAUUCAGGAAACCAUUGAAGAGAGAACUUAUCUCAACCAGACCCCGGCUUUCUCUGUGCCUGCUGAGGAGUCUACAUUCCCCGGCACCACAACAAAGUUUGUCUCCAACUUGAGUGAGAUUGACAAGGAAAAAGCAUCAUUGGCCCAACACCUGGGGCUGGAAAGCUGCCCUCAAGGCCCCCAGCAGGAAGCCAGACAAAACAGAGAAGACAGCGUGCCUGGUGACGUCUGGGUAGGACCAGCACAUGAACUGUGUGCCCUAGAAGGCAAUGAUGGAGUGUCGCAGAGUCCACGCUUGGUGUGUCGACCUCAGGGUGACAGUACCCACUGCAGGGAGCCAGAGGCUCUUUUUGCUGGUCUCCCUAAGCUGACUGCUCCCUCCCUCACCCUGGAAAAUGUGGGCAGUGGGUCAAGGGGCAGAAAAGCUGCAUGUGUGAUGGAGUGUUUUGAAGCCGGUGACCAAGAAACAUGUUAUGAUACCAUGGAUCUUCCUGCUGGAGCAGCAGUUGAUAAAUAUUUGUCUCAAGAAAUUUGCCCCAUGGGCUUGGAGCUGACAGAAGGUCAAAGCAAAGUACGUGAUUUAUCUCCUGACAAGACACUGGCUGUUCUUCAGACACAAGGCUCGGAGUCUCCACUGUCCACAUAUGAGUCCUCUCUUUUCACCAGUACCUUCACCUGGCACGUGUCGCAGGAGGCCAGCGAAGACGCUGAGGGAGAAACUGAUGCUGGGAAUUCUCCCUCCAUCUUCUCUUCCACAGUACCCUGCAACUUAGGCGGGCCCGGGGAGGCACAACCCCUUUGUUCUGAGACCGAUUCCUUUGUGAACGUUAAUGAAGGGGGCUCUGGUCUCAGUGUUCUGAUGGCCCUAGACACACUUGCCAGUUACGGCCCUGUCAGCCAGUGCCCAAAAGAGCAGUCCAUGGAAUCAGCUUCUAGUGCUGAUUAUCAUCAGGUGACAGGGGAGAGUGAGGACGCAUUAACUGAUGCCACCGAAGUCCACACAAUCAAAUGCCAUGCUGUUUCUGCUCCCGAGGACAGCAGUCUUCUUGACAGUGCCUACCAGGCCUCCUGUGUGGCUCAAGAUGAAGAUGACUUCCAGUCUCUUUCCGACAUACAGUCAGGUCAUUCUUUAAACAGCUCCACAAGUGAGGAAAUGAGGGAGACUGUUGUCCCAGCAUCCAGUAUUCCAGGAGCUCAUGACCACCUGUCAUCACCUGAGGGACAGAGUUUGCAUAGCAGUUCUCUGCACGUUGAUAACCAGCCUGGGUAUAAGAGCCCGAUUGUGGAGGGAGCCCACAGCGGAGGCCUUGAAGAGGACUUCCAAGAAAAGGGAAGUGGAACAAAGCAGUGCGCCCAACCGAAGAGCACAUCCUACCAGGGCUCUCUUUCUGCAAAUGAUUUCCAAGAAAUUUUGCCCUCCAUAGCUGCCACGCAACAGGAGACCAAUGCGGAACCCUUCGAGCACUCCCUGGCAGAUUCCAGGGAAGAGACUGGGUGUGACUCAGACCCGAGGGCCGGUGUCUCGUGGGUGGCUGAGCACACUGCAGAAGAAGACGGUCCUUUGGUAAGCAGUGUUCCGUCUCUCCCUGACACCCUCCUCGGAGAGAAAGACGACAUUAAACUAGGAAGUUGGGCCGUGGGCAGCAAGGUGAAGAUCAUAACUCUAGAAGCUCCUGUUUUUGAAACCUGGUCCCCAGAACAAGUGACGCAUUCUGGGUACAGGGAGGCAGAAGUUGGUCUCACGGCGACUGGUAGGGGCUGGACUCUGCCCGACAUCCUCAGAACGGGCGCUGCCAGGCCUGAGCCGGGUGCCUUGGGAGUGGUAGCCUGGGUUCCCAGUCCCCAAGCUGACGCUAUCAGAGCCUUUGCUGCCAACAGGUGUACCUGCGCAGGCAAUGCACCAGACAGACAAACAUAUUGCAGCAGUCUGUCUCCCCAGGGUCUGGGCCAACCCAGACUCCUGGAGUCAUCUGUAGACCCUGUUGAGGAAAAGGAGUUAGGUGUCACAGACUCUCCAUUAGAGGUUUACACAACCGGAGAGGUGGAAAGCGUUGAGGUCAUGAAUGAAGAACAGGAAGAAAAUCGGCAGAAGCUGUGCCACCCUGCCCGCCACCCUGCCUUCGCUAAGCAGUUUGUGAGUUUCGCUGGGAUCCUGGAGUCCUCUGUGGACCCCAUCGAUGACAGGGGUGAGAUGGAGUGUGUCUGGUCUGAGAGGCCAGCGCCCUCUGACUUCAACACUGAAGGAAAGGAAUCCGUUGAUAGAAACACGUGUCUGAGCCCAGACGUCCAACCUGUUACCCUUCAGGUUCCACACCCCCAGGACAGUGCAGAAAUCAUUCCAAACGAAGACACAAUCAGCCAAAAUCAUGCAGACGGAGAGCGAGCAGAUGCCAGGCAAAGCUGGCCUAAUGAAGCAAAGGUGGAAGCAAAAGCCACCAUUCAACAAGCAGAGUGUCCUGGUGAAGAGAGACAAAAAAUUCCAAGUGUGUGCAGCAUGAGCCAAACACAAGUUGGUGGUGACGGAAGCCUAGGAGAAGCUGGGCAAAGGAGAAAGGACAAGGCCGAAUUAAUUUCCCCCAUGUCACCUCCUUCUAGUUGUCUCGCAGGAAUGACUCCUACAUCUGUCGAGGUGGAUACCAACAUCUGCACAGGUCACAUUUGUGGUGGAUCUGAGCCCAGAAACCAUCCAGAUGUAGUUCAUCUGUGGAAGGAAGAAAGAACUGUUGCGAACAAGUGUGAGAAACAUGUGCCCUCUUCAAAUGACCUCACGGAGACGCCUUGUGUUCCAUCUCCUGAAGGAAAUGUCACACGCUUGUCAAUAAGCCAUGACAUUGAGGAACUGAAAUCAGAGGAGCUUCAAACUGUGGAAACCAAACCCCUAAACUCAUCUGACUCCCCAACAAUGACCGUGGCUUUCAUUUCAGGAGAAUGUGAGUCAGAGAAAGCCCCUGAGAGCUUGUGUCCAAAGGGCUCCGCCCUGGAUAUUGGGAAAAAGUCCAGAGAGGAACAGCAGAAGCAUAUGGCUGUCCAGACCAGCAAGGCGCCUGGGACUCUAUCAGCAGUGGCUGGGUCAGAGGAGGGCAAGAAGAAGCAAGAAACCUUGGGGAGUGGACACUUAGCUGCAGGGGUAAAGAAGAAAAUUCUUUCCAGGGUGGCAGCCCUGAGACUCAGACUGGAGGAAAGGGAAAAUGUGAGAAAGAACUCCAUAAUGAGGAAGACACCUAAGUUUGAAAAGUCCUUGUCCCGCACCGAUGAGAAAAAAGACCCCAAAAAGGCCCCCUGCAAAGCUGAAGGGAAAGCUCCGGUGUUGCUGAGGAAGAUCCAGGCUGAGAUGGCUCCCGACCACUCUGGAAAUGUGAAGUUAAGCUGCCAGUUUUCAGAAAUCCAUGAAGACUCCACCAUCUGCUGGAUGAAAGAUUCAACACCGAUAGCCCAGGUGGAGAGAAGCGCAGGGGACAACUCCACUGUUUCCUUGGCCAUCGUCCAAGCUGGUCAGAAGGACCAGGGCCUCUAUUACUGCUGCAUCAAGAACAGUUAUGGAAAAGUCACUGCUGAGUUUAACCUCACAGCUGAAGUUCUCAAACAGCUUUCAAGUCACACGGAGUACAGAGGAUGCGAAGAGAUUGAAUUCAGCCAGCUCAUCUUCAAAGAAGAUGUUUUCAAUGACAGCUACUUCGGGGACCACCUACGUGGCCAGAUCUCCACGGAGGAGCUUCACUUUGGCGAAGGGGUACACCGAAAAGCCUUCCGUAGCACGGUGAUGCAGGGCCUCCUGCCCGUCUUCCAGCCUGGCCAUUCAUGUGUGCUCAAGGUGCACAACGCUGUCGCCCACGGGACCAAAAACAAUGAUGAACUUGUGCAGAGGAACUACAAACUUGCUGCCCAGGAAUGCUAUGUUCAGAAUACUGCCAGAUACUACGCCAAGAUCUAUGCUGCUGAGGCGCAGCCCCUGGAAGGCUUCGGAGAGGUGCCAGAGAUCAUUCCUAUUUUUCUUAUCUAUCGGCCUGAGAACAACAUCCCUUAUGCCACAGUGGAAGAGGAGCUGAUUGGAGAAUUUGUGAAGUAUUCCAUCCGAGAUGGGAAGGAAAUCAACUUCCUCAGAAGAGAUUCAGAGGCUGGUCAGAAAUGCUGCACCUUCCAGCACUGGGUCUACCAGAAAACCAGUGGUUGUCUCCUGGUCACCGACAUGCAGGGUGUGGGAAUGAAGUUAACUGACGUUGGCAUAGCAACACUAGCUAAAGGGUACAAAGGAUUUAAGGGCAACUGCUCCAUGACCUUCAUUGAUCAGUUUAAAGCGCUGCACCAGUGUAACAAGUACUGUAAAAUGCUGGGGCUGAAAUCCCUUCAGAACAGCAGCCAGAAGCCUAAGAGAGCAAGCAUUGGGAAAGGCAGAGUUCAGACAAACUGCGCGCCACUGAAGACGCCGGAGUCUGGGACUCCCACCGAAAAGAAGACCUAGCAUCCUUCAUCCCUCAGUCACCAGUGACCAGCAGCCGGCAGCACACAGGCCUGCAAAUGGACACCUGCACACACCCAGGGGACAAGUCCCCGAAGAGCAUGUCACCGUCCCCCCCAGCUCGCUGGCACUUGCUGUCUGCCGAAAUGACUUUGGAAUGCAGCUCUCUGACUGGUCUUGCAGGUUCUGUCGUCAGUCUCAAAGACGGCCCACUCUUUGUGUACACAGCUAGCGUUUUCACCCCUCACACUGUGUGUCUGUCUGCGGCACGUGGUUUGUUGACAAGUGUUCCAUGCUGCCUGGCGACUGGCUGCCGCCAAGCUCUCCUCACCCUGACUCCUCACCUUGGAAUUUCUGGACAUUGCUGAGCUCAUGACUGUCAAGUUGUUGUGUGAGUGUCAUUUGUGCUAUUGUUGCUGGAGGUGGCUUUCCAGGUGUGAGGCCAUUUCCAGGCACUAUAAACAGCUGGCACAGUGUUCUGCUUCAUUAAAUUCACAUGUAAGCAAAAAGGGUGAGGUGCACACGUCACUGUAGCCACUUGUUUGUUGGAAUCUGUGCUUUUUCCACAUUCCUCUGAGGUUUUGUCAUUUAGAGGUUUCCUAGCAGGUUUGCUGGAGCACCUGUGUUUUCUCAUUUUACAACUGAGGUCCCAUCACUUUCUAAAUGUGGUCUAGUUAGGUCAGGUAGCGACAGCUACUGGGGUCCUGCCUUCCCUUGCUCCUUUUGGGCCUCCUCUAGGCCACCCCCUCUUCUCUGUGCCAUUCUGGGAGGGUAGAUGUCCCUGCAGCCCUCUCUCAGAGGAGGGCUUCAGCCAGCGUUCAAUAGACCACUCCUGGCUUCUGUAGCUUUAAAAUUCUGUUAUCUACUGGACCUAGUGGCAGAGGCCCAUCAUCCUUGCUAGGGGGAAGGCCAAAGCAAGAGGGUGGAAAGUCCAGGGUCAGCAGGGCAACUUCAUGAGUCCCUUCCUCAAAACAAACAAACGAUCAAAACUGAGCUGGGAUUCUAGCUCAGGGAUAGGGUGUUUGACUAGAGCAAGGUCUUGGGCUCAAACAAAACCCUUUUCCACUAUACACUGGAGUUUUUAAUACCAAAAGGAACACAGGUGAGGCUUUUUCAAAAAAGAGAUUGGAAGGAGGAAACAUUUGUCACUCUAUGUCUUAUCUGCAGUUCUAAUCUUUCUUCUGAGGUGGCUCCCCUGACUUUGUGAUGAUAAAAUUGUCUCCCCGCCCCCAUGAGGGAGAUGGUGGCCUAACUUGUUUACAGAGAUUUUAGAGAUAUAUAUUAAGCAGUGGCAUUCUAGAAAGUUCCACAAUAGCAAAAAGGCAUAGGAUGUAUUUUGAUUGGCUCUAUCUAUCUAUCUAUCUAUCUAUCUAUCGCCUGUCAUCUACCACAUGUAAUCUCUGUCAUCUCCAUAAAUUGGUCAUUUAUAACUUAUCUGGUGUCUAUAAUCUGUCAUUCAUCUAUAACUUAUCCGGGCUCUAUAAUCUAGCAUUGAUCCAGCCAUCACUCAUACCUAUCAUCUUUCACGUAAGGUGUAUAAGCAUGAGUACAACCAGAGCCCCUCUUGACAGGCCAUCAUUACUUCUUGGGUAAUAACAAAAAUAAUAUCAAAAUAUGUUUAAAAGAGCAUUAAAAGGCUUA